GUAUACCAUCAACUUAGAAACUUUUAUUCUUGGUGCUUGGGUAUGCCAAGGCGACCGAGAAAAUCACUUGUGACGACUUCACCCCCACCCCCAAUACGAGUACUACAGCAGUCCCUCAGAUAUUGCUUAACUUGUUCAACUUUCCCUUUUUCCCGAAAAAAAAAAUCAUAGGAACCUAUCCAAACGCCCGAGUUGUUUCACAAAAAUCCUCUCCUCCUUCUGUCUGCCAUUUGGAGGAUGGAAACGUUGCUGGACCCCUGCCGCCAAUCUUCUGUACCGGUAACUUAUAUCAUAUUAUUACACAAGCACGGUACGGUACCACACUACGGUACGAGUAUUGAGACUAUAGUUCAGCCACCGCAGAACUCCUGAAAUCCAGCCAUGAUGGGAGUUAUUUAUCAUCGUACCAUUAAUCGGUUGACAUCCCAGUCAGCCUAUCGCAGUCGACAUUGAUUGCCUUUUGUCUGUCUGUCCCCGAUAAUCUAGUGGUUGGCUUCGGGGUUCUGCUUGUAUGGCAUCAUUGGUACCUGGUACUAUAUUUAUACGGUAAUUUUUUUCUUCCUCUUCUUCCUUUUUUCUUAUUUUUUCACCAGAUUCUGAUUACCGUUUCCGCUGCCUCUAAUAGAGAUUGUUGAAGGGAGGGGUCGGCGUCGUGAUAUCUUGCGUCCGUCCAUCCAUCCAUCCACCGGUACAAUCGGACAGUACAGUGCCUACUACUAUCCAGUACGAGUGCAGUACAGUACCGUUACGGUAUCGAACACUUCCCAUUGAAAGGCCCAUCCACUCAUCAAUCGAUCGAGCGCAUACAGUGCAUAUGAUACAGCACAUCUCCGUCCUUUCCUCUUCUCUUUUUUUUUGCAAAAAGCCAGCAAGCAUCUCACCACCUAUGUUACCAUACGGAAAAUAUCAUUUGUUCGUGACGGGUAACGAGCGGAUGGUAGAAGAAGAAAGCAGGGUACGGGUACAUAAAGGAAAAAAAGGAAAAAAAAAGAAUCAGAUCAGAUGUUGGAUGAAUUUAACCCCCGAUGGGCAUCGGAGCGGACCAGAGUGCUGUGGACGACACGCUAUAUCUAUGGUGCGGAGACGUAGGCCCAUCCAUCCACCCAUCCAUCACCGGGUUAGUUGAUGGAUGAGAAGAGCAGAGGGGAGAAGAAAAAAAGAAAAAAAAGAAAGAACUUUGCUGUCCAUUCAGAUUACGAUGCUUUUAUUAGAAUAAGGUGGCAUUCUGCUUGUAUUAUGUGAGGCUCGUACAGUGCUGUACUCGUACAUGAGCGUAUUCAAAUUCAACUGUCAAAUCAUGUUCAAGCCUGGGUAAAGUGUGCCCGCUCCGGUUAGCGUCUUCCCAUGCUGAUGCGCUCACACAUUUCCUUCUUAUUUUCUCGUGGGAGAGGGAGUGGGGAUAAUGGUUGUUCGUAUGCAGGGAACGAAAAUAAUCCCAUGAGAGAGGAGUUGAUACCGUACAGCGAUGAUGGUAGCCCCAGCCUUAUAUCCUGCAUGGCAUACGCUAUCACUUGUGCUAGCCCGGAGAUCCACCGAGGGCAAUCAUAGGAUUUAAAGGGGGGAAGAAAAGAAAAAAAUGGACCAAGACUGGCGGAAUCACCGCAUCUGUGGACCAGUAAUGUGGAGGGAAGUGAGGAAGGAGGAUAGCCUCAUUCUGCUCUCGGGCUGCCACGUAUUUUUUUUUCCUCUGCGAAGGCCGGGGGGUUUACCAGUGGUUGGAGCGGCGGAGGAGGGGACAUAUGCGCGAGGACGGAAGGGGUUCGGAAUGGAGUGGUGGUUCCCGAGGUUAUCGAGAUGUGCCUUGAGGUACCUGUAUCGUAGUGGGCUGGGUUGGAGAGACGAAUCGGUACAUGGCUUCGAUAUAUCGAAGCAUCCACAGAGACUUUUGCGACCUUCAAUUAGCUCCUGAGUACUCGUACUUGUCGAUUGUCCUGUCCGUAUGUCGGCGUUGCAGGGGUGGGAUCAAUCGCACGCAAACAAGUACCGUACACCGGAGGGUCCUGGAUCUUGAUAAGGUGGAAAGCGUGUACCUUCGGUUUGUAUGGAAGGUAGGAUCCUACCGUAUAGAAUCUGCUCGAGGUAGUGGGAAAGAGGGGAUGAGGCCGAACGGACAUGCUCCCCCACUCCGUGGAGAACCCACGAGAAGCUGCAAGUAGCAGAUGAUUGCCAUGCCCCGCACUCGUAUACCGUACUCGCAAGUGUCGUAUCAGUGUCCAGAAGGGAGGCGGGAAGGGAAGGGAAAGAAGUGAAAGAAAAAGCGAAGAAGAAAAAAAAAAGCAAAAAGCAACAACAACAACGAUCCACUGGGAGAGAUGGUGAAGGGAAGAAAUAUACAUGAAACAGCGCAGCGUUUAAAGCAUGAAGAAGGUUAGGAAGGUGUUUUCACCAAUUGCGCUUUGUCAAUCGGCGUUGAUUGAUCCGCAGUUAAUUGAAGCUAUCAUACCCGCAGCCAUCGUCAUAUUAGGUGGAAAAAAAUUGGUAUAGUUACUGUACCCACCCAUUGGAUCACAGGGGACCGGAGGGCCGGAAACAACCCAGCUUGGAUGUUGCAAGGAGUUGCGAGGAAGGAACAGGAUAUUGGAAAAUGUGGUGAUCCCACUGAUGUGCAGGCGCCAUAUACGAGUAGGCUUUCGCCCAAGGUGGAUGUAUUCCGCAUGGGAAUAGUUCGCAAGGCUUGACGGCGGCAACGCUAUCAUAGAGCAACUGUGCUCGUAUCACAGCAACCACUGCCACGAAACAUCGUUAACAAUAACGAACACACAAAAGACGGUAUCAGAACACAAAGCAAACCCCAACAUCUCCCUCCCCCACCCUCCCACGAGAAGAUUGAAAACAAGCAAGACUCCCAAAACUAGCAACUUUCACAAAGGGGAGGAGCGAGUAGAAAGCCCCGCCCUACUAUUGCAAUGCAUGUCAAACCAAAUACCGGUAGCCGGUUUCCUGAAGACGUGCACGAAGAACGAAAGAGAAAAGAAAAGAAGAAAAGAUGCAUGGAAGAACUUUUUUUUAUUUUUUUUAUUUUUUACGGAUUGACUGCCGUACCUUUCCUCUUUCUUUUCGUUCCCACAUCCGUUCUUUCUUUCCUCCUCCAUGAAAUAAAUAAAUAAACCCUUUUUCUUGUGCAGCGACUGAGCGAAUGUGUGCAUGUUAUCGGUAUGCACUGAUGAGUUGGCAAACUCAGUUGCAUCCUGCGCCAAACCCUUCUUGGCGGAGGGCACACACACUCCGACAGCUGUCCAACCGCGGAAGGUAAAAUUGUUUUCCAUGCGAUAGUUUCCCGGUUUUUUCCUUUUCCCUUUUUUCCUUUCGAGGGGUAAGGGGGGGAGGGGAAGUGGAUGGAAACAGAAAGGCAAAACUGUGGCGGGGGUGCGUUAUCACGGUACGGCGGAUGAGAGCCCUGUUUGGCCCGGUUCACUGGAGGGAAGGGAGGCGAAGCGCAGACAAGCGGGUACGGUAGCUUAGGCAUCGAGCAGUGAGGAGCUCGGUUGUCGGAUGAGUUGAAAAACAGACGAGCGGUUCGGGAGGCCGACCGAUGGAUCUGCCAGCUGGAUGGCGGCUGAGCUGUCGUAGUUUGAGCUGCCGUACCGGUAGCGGAUGAGCUAGGACGGCGAUGGAGACGGGUUGCCGGGCAGCCAAUCCUCUGGAUCGGUCGCUAUGAUUAACGGACCGGUGCCGCGGUGCUGUCAGGAUGAGUUGGAAUUUGGGCCGGGUGGAGAGGUCAUGGGCACGAUAUAGUAUGUACGAGUGGGACCCAGUACAGACCUCGUCCAGCGGUGGGCACGGUUUGGCGCAUACUCGGGUCCAGGACGAUGGCCCUGAGCAUUUUUCCCUCCAACGAGAUACCGGCGGUUUGCCACAGCGUCGACCACCCCCGACAGAGCCGAGUAGAAUUCAAGCCGACAUCAAGGUGUUGGCGGGUGGAGUCAAGAUCGAUGGUGAUGAUGAAAGAUGGUGCUGUGAACUUGAGAUAGAUUGGGCUACAGAUGUUACGACCCCAUUCAAGUGGCAGAACGGAAUCAGGUGUCACAAAGAGCUGGUAAGGGUCUACGGUACCGGUACUCGAGUGCCACCAAACCGCUUGGGAAGAUCUGGGCACUUGACGUCCGAAGGCUGAAUGAAGGCUGAAGCAGUGGUCAAACGUUCUCUUUUUUUUUUUUUUCGUUCCCUCUCUCGCCCGACGUUGAGGUCGACUGCACUAUCCGCGCUCCAGUGCUCGUAUCACCCGAUGGGGGUUAAUUCGAGGCAAGUGUUUGCGGGUUUCAACUCUCAACAUCAACAGCUACAGUAGUAAUCGGAGGCAACCGGGGAUUCGAAAAGAAGGGAUAAGCAAGGUUCGUGGGAGAAAAGGGAAAUCCUCGGGCACUUCCCGUCCGACCCCCAGGUCACCAUCCCCUCGAAGGGCAAAAAUAGCUGAGGUCAUCAGGAAAAUAGUGGGAAAGUUCAAGACAGUGCCAAGGAGUUUGGGGGGACCAGAUGCCUGCCGUUUGCCCUGCUGUCACUUUUUGGAUGGGAGGACCAACCAACCCUUCCCCACCUCUUUCUCUCCGAUCCCUGUCGCGUUAAACUGGGGAGCGAGGGGUCGAUCCGGUGUGCGACUCCUAUUGUAGCUAUUUGUGCGGAGGAGGCGCCUCGAUGGGGAAUGUAUAUAUAUAUACUCGACCAUGACAGCUAUUCACAGAUAUCGAUCCUUGUAUCGAUGGGGAAUCAGUUAGGGAAUAACUCUGUGGUUUGACUUUUAAAAGCACUGUGUUCUACUCGAGUAGUAGAGGAGAUUGAGGAAUUAAUCUGCCAGUGUUUUCUGUGAACCCUAAAGUUGUAGAGGCCAUCUACCGUACUCGAGUACGAGUACAAUACUUGUACAACCCACCAAUACUACGGUAGGCUGGUAC